UAUUAUCCUUUCGCUUGGAAGAAGGGCUCUUAAACGAAAUUUCUCUCCCCGAAAAUGGAAGUUACCGUUGUGCUUCCUCGUCUUCAAGCGUCUUGUUUUGCCCCUCGCUUUCCUCUUAAAGGCCUAAUAAGCACCAGCGGAAACCCUAAUUUUCGUUUAUCUUGUUCUCCACUUCAAUCCCAAUCGAUUGAUGAAUCGAAGCCUGAAUACAAGCCAGGGCCUUUGGAUGAUCUUCUUCUUCGGUUCUUCAGGCAGAAAAUGGUCGAGGAGGUCGGAUGGGAUUCAGAAAAGGCAGGAUAUGUUGGGUUGAUUGAAGUUGCAAACCGACUCAUGAUGAGAGGAAAGAGCAACUUGGAGACUGAGCAAUCAGCAGUCCGGGUAUUGAAGUCAUUGUUUCCUCCAUUCAUACUUGUUCUGUUUAAGAUGCUUAUAGCACCUAUUGGUGGGGGAAUAGUUGCUUCCAUGAUGGUUGCAAGAGCAACUGCUCUUUCUUGUAAAUGGCUGAUGGGACCAUGCUCAGUUAACUCCGUGGAUCUUCCUGAUGGUUCUUCUUGCACCAGUGGGGUAUUUGUAGAAAGGUGCAAGUAUCUAGAAGAAAGCAAAUGUAUUGGAAUUUGCACCAGCACAUGCAAGCUACCAACUCAGACAUUCUUCAAGGAUUACAUGGGAGUCCCAUUACAUAUGGAACCAAAUUUCAGUGACUAUAGCUGCCAGUUCAAAUUCGGAGUUCCUGCACCAUUGCCUUCCUGUGACGAAGCACUACAACAAGCAUGCCUGGAAAUAUGUCCAAAUGCUAACCGCCGCAGGGAACUGAGCAAUAGAAAUUCUGUUUCUCAGUGUCCACAAGUAUGAAAAGGGUUCGUGUAGGAAACUCCAUAAGGUUGCACGUAUAAAGGACUUAUUGUUACUAUUCCACAAAAUAUACGGUUGUAAAGAUUGCACAAAGAGGGAUUCUUCCUCUCCAGUAAUUACUUUGGAAAGUUUCGGGUGCAAGUAUAAAAAAAUUGUACGGUGAUGACAACGAAGUUUGGAUCUUUUUGAAUGCAAGUAUAGAGAGAAACUGAUGUCCUUUAGUCCA